UGUUAGUCAGCAGAGGCAGUACACCAGAUUUCCUUGUGGCUUUUAGUGGAAAAUGUUAAAAGCGCACUCAUUUUUCAGUUAUAGAAUUUUUCAGUUUGAUCUGGAUUAGUCACAGAACUGGCAUGAACCUUCUAAUUGUGAAGGCUGUCCAAAUGCACUAUUUUUUUCUCCUGCUAGAGGAAGUUACAUCCCGAGCAGUAGCUCAGAUCUCUGCCAUCACUGGUGCAAGCUAUAUUUAAUGGAGAUCCUGAUGAAGUUCGAGCACUAAUAUUUAAGAAAGAAGAUGUUAACUUUCAGGACAAUGAAAAGAGAACUCCACUGCAUGCUGCUGCCUAUCUUGGAGAUGCAGAAAUCAUUGAACUGCUUAUUUUAUCUGGAGCUAGAGUUAAUGCCAAAGACAGCAAAUGGUUGACACCUUUACACAGAGCAGUUGCAUCUUGUAGUGAGGAAGCAGUGCAGAUACUUUUGAAGCAUUCUGCAGAUGUUAAUGCUCGAGACAAAAAUUGGCAAACCCCUUUACACAUAGCUGCUGCUAAUAAAGCUGUAAAGUGCGCUGAAGCUUUGGUACCUCUUCUGAGUAAUGUAAACGUGUCUGAUCGAGCGGGGAGGACUGCAUUACAUCAUGCAGCUUUUAGUGGACAUGGUGAGAUGGUCAAACUACUCUUGUCUAGAGGUGCCAAUAUUAAUGCUUUUGACAAGAAAGAUAGACGGGCUAUUCAUUGGGCAGCAUAUAUGGGUCACAUUGAAGUAGUGAAAUUACUUGUGGCACAUGGAGCUGAAGUGACAUGCAAGGAUAAGAAGUCUUAUACACCUCUUCAUGCAGCAGCCUCUAGUGGAAUGAUCAGCGUAGUCAAGUACCUUCUGGAUCUUGGAGUUGAUAUGAAUGAACCAAAUGCCUAUGGAAAUACACCUCUUCAUGUAGCCUGCUAUAAUGGACAAGAUGUUGUAGUGAAUGAACUUAUAGACUGUGGUGCUAAUGUAAAUCAAAAGAAUGAAAAAGGAUUUACUCCUUUGCACUUUGCUGCUGCAUCAACACAUGGAGCAUUGUGUUUAGAGCUUCUAGUAGGCAAUGGGGCUGAUGUCAAUAUGAAGAGCAAGGAUGGGAAAACCCCACUGCACAUGACUGCCCUCCACGGUAGAUUCUCCAGAUCACAAACCAUUAUCCAGAGUGGAGCUGUAAUCGACUGUGAGGAUAAGAAUGGAAACACCCCUUUGCACAUAGCAGCAAGGUACGGCCAUGAGCUGCUAAUCAACACUCUUAUUACAAGUGGUGCUGACACUGCAAAGCGUGGCAUACAUGGAAUGUUCCCCCUCCAUUUGGCAGCCUUAAGUGGUUUUUCAGAUUGCUGCAGGAAACUUCUUUCUUCUGGAUUUGAUAUAGAUACCCCAGAUGAUUUUGGCAGGACCUGUCUACACGCAGCUGCAGCUGGAGGGAAUUUGGAGUGCCUAAACCUUCUGCUGAAUACUGGUGCAGACUUCAACAAAAAGGACAAAUUUGGGAGAUCUCCGCUGCACUAUGCUGCUGCCAACUGCAAUUACCAGUGCCUGUUUGCUCUUGUGGGAUCAGGAGCAAGUGUGAAUGACCUUGAUGAAAGAGGAUGCACACCCCUGCACUAUGCAGCAACAUCAGACACAGAUGGCAAGUGCCUGGAAUACUUAUUACGAAAUGAUGCAAAUCCAGGGAUCCGUGACAAGCAGGGAUACAAUGCAGUUCAUUAUUCAGCUGCUUAUGGUCACCGUCUAUGUCUUCAGCUGAUUGCAAGUGAAACUCCUUUAGAUGUUUUAAUGGAAACCUCUGGGACAGACAUGCUGAGUGAUUCAGAUAACAGAGCAACAAUAAGCCCUUUACAUUUGGCCGCCUAUCAUGGUCACCACCAAGCACUAGAAGUGUUGGUACAGUCUUUGUUAGAUCUUGAUGUGAGAAAUAGUAGUGGAAGAACACCCUUAGAUCUUGCAGCAUUUAAGGGCCAUGUUGAAUGUGUGGAUGUACUCAUUAAUCAGGGAGCCUCAAUUUUAGUAAAAGACUACAUUUUGAAGAGGACACCUAUACAUGCUGCAGCAACAAACGGUCAUUCAGAGUGCUUGCGGCUACUAAUAGGAAAUGCAGAACCGCAGAAUGCAGUAGACAUUCAAGAUGGAAAUGGACAGACUCCUCUGAUGCUGUCUGUUCUCAACGGGCACACGGACUGUGUUUACUCACUGCUGAACAAAGGAGCAAAUGUAGAUGCCAAAGAUAAAUGGGGAAGGACAGCAUUGCAUAGAGGGGCAGUUACAGGCCAUGAAGAAUGUGUAGAUGCAUUACUUCAACAUGGUGCUAAGUGCUUAUUUCGAGAUAGCAGGGGCCGGACACCUAUACACUUGUCAGCUGCCUGUGGACACAUUGGUGUUCUCGGAGCCCUUUUGCAGUCAGCAGCAUCUGUGGAUGCAAAUCCAGCCAUAGCAGACAAUCAUGGAUAUACAGCACUUCACUGGGCCUGCUACAACGGUCAUGAGACAUGUGUAGAACUUCUUUUAGAACAGGAAGUUUUCCAGAAAAUGGAAGGAAAUGCUUUCAGUCCUUUGCAUUGUGCUGUGAUAAAUGACAACGAAGGUGCUGCUGAAAUGUUAAUUGAUACUUUAGGUGCCAGCAUCGUGAACGCCACAGAUUCAAAAGGAAGAACUCCUCUCCAUGCGGCCGCCUUCACGGACCACGUAGAGUGUUUACAGCUGCUGCUCAGCCAUAAUGCUCAAGUCAAUUCUAUAGACUCUUCUGGGAAAACACCUCUCAUGAUGGCCGCAGAAAAUGGACAGACAAAUACAGUUGAGAUGCUGGUUAGCAGUGCUAGUGCAGAUCUGACUUUACAAGAUAACAGUAAAAACACCGCCCUCCAUUUGGCUUGCAGCAAGGGUCAUGAAACUAGUGCCUUGUUAAUACUGGAAAAGAUAACAGAUAGAAACCUCAUCAACGCAACCAAUGCAGCCUUGCAAACACCUCUGCAUGUUGCUGCCCGAAAUGGGCUGACAAUGGUGGUUCAAGAACUUUUGGGGAAAGGAGCAAGUGUGCUUGCAGUAGAUGAAAAUGGCUAUACCCCAGCUUUGGCCUGUGCUCCCAAUAAGGAUGUGGCUGAUUGCCUAGCUCUCAUUUUGGCCACCAUGAUGCCUGUCUCAUCCAGUAGCCCUUUAUCAUCCCUGACUUUCAAUGCCAUUAACCGUUACACCAACACCUCAAAAACAGUCAGCUUUGAAGCCUUGCCCAUCAUGAGGAAUGAACCUAGCUCCUACUGCAGUUUCAACAACAUUGGUGGGGAACAGGAAUACUUAUACACCGACGUGGACGAGCUCAAUGACUCUGAUUCCGAGACCUACUAAGAGGCUGAGCCAGAGGUCUGAGUGAGGAGUUCUGACACUAACGCUUCAGAUUGUGCUUUUUCAGGAAAAAGGCACUUUCUUAUUCACGUACAAAUUCAACCUAAGAGGAAAGAUCGCAGAGUGAGCAAAUAUGAGAAAUGUGAUGACAUUGGGAAGAAGAGUUUUAAAGGCAAGUUUUGCAAAAGGAACUUCUAGAAUCUUGAAAUAGACUUGACCAGAGGAAAACACUUUUAUGUCAAAUUACUUUGUGGAAUUGUUUGAUUUGGUUUUGCAGUGCCAGGAAUAAUUUGGGACACUGUGCACCCUAAUCUGCUUACACAAGCAACACUAUUGUAAAAGAAGAGAUAAGGACACUAGAUUUAAAUUUUACCAGUAAAACUACAACUAAAUUUAAGGGCAAUAAAAGUUUGGUACAGUAGGCAUUAUGUGCCCAGCAAAUUGCCAAAGGACCAAGUAACUUAAAAGUUUUUUAAUAGAAUGCCAUUUUGUGGAAACCAGAAUAGGU